CCGGCGCAUAAUCAGACACCUAAGCGGAAGUAAACAGUUGUAGCUUGAUAUGUCAUAUGCUUUAGUUCUCUGGUUAUUUACUAAUAUUUAAUUGUUUUGAUAAAAUGGACCGAUUUUCUUGGUCAAAUGGACUUCUUGAGAUGAACGAAACGUUAGUAAUUCAACAAAGAGGAGUGCGACUAUACGAUGGGGAAGACAAGGCUAAACUUGAUGUGGGAAUUGUUCUUCUCAGUACACAUCGCUUGCUUUGGAGAGACCAAAAGAACAAUGAAUGCUGUAUGUGCAUACCUUUGUCACAGGUUAUAUUCUUUGAAGAGCAAGCAGCAGGCAUUGGUAAAAGUGCCAAAAUUGUCAUCCACCUGCAUCCGACCCCCGAAAAUAAGGAGCCAGGCCCAUACCAGCUGAGCAAGUAUUCUUAUAUAAAGCUGUCUUUCAAGGAACAUGGGCAGAUUGAGUUUUACAGACGUCUAACAGAGGAGUUGACUCAGAAACGAUGGGAGAAUACACCUGUAUCACAGCCGAUACCCACAGGAACAGGACCCAAGGCAGGAAAGACACGCGCUGUUGGAAUUGUGGGUAUUGAACGGAAGCUGGAGGAGAAGAGAAAAGAGACGGAUAAAAAUAUUUCAGAGGCCUUUGAAGAUCUCAGCAAACUCAUGGAAAAGGCCAAAGAGAUGGUGGAGCUCUCCAAAUCCAUUGCCAAUAAAAUCAAAGACAAACAGGGUGACAUCACAGAAGAUGAGACUAUCCGCUUCAAGUCAUAUUUGCUAAGUAUGGGCAUAGCCAACCCAGUGACCAGAGAAACACACGGUUCAGGCACACAGUACCACAUUCAGCUCGCAAAACAGCUCGGGGACAUGCUGCAAGCGCCACUGGAGGAGCGUGGAGGUAUGAUGGCGCUUACUGAGGUGUACUGUCUGGUGAACAGAGCCCGAGGGAUGGAGCUUCUCUCUCCAGAGGACUUGGUCAAUGCCUGCAAGAUGUUUGAAUCACUUAAGCUCCCUCUGCGGUUGCGAAUAUUCGACAGCGGGGUGAUGGUGGUUCAGCUUCAAUCCCACAGUGAGGAGGAGAUGAUUGCCUCAGCUCUAGAUAAUGUGACUGAUAAGGGCUCCCUUACAGCCGAAGAGUUUGCCAAGUUGUUAGGACUCUCAGUUCUUCUUGCUAAAGAGCGGUUGUUAUUAGCGGAAAAAAUUGGUCACUUAUGCCGCGACGAUUCAGUGGAAGGUCUGCGUUUUUACCCAAACCUGUUCUGACGCAUGCUGCUGAUAUAUUAUCGACCGUGACCCUGGGGUUCUUCCUGCCGGACUCAGAUCUCAUUCAGAACAGAGCUGAUAAAAUGAUAAGCACUUGCUCUGGACAUAGGAGGCACCUACUUUCUACUGUUUUAAUGUCAAUAGCGUCUUUCAUAAAUGUCGGUUGAGGUACUUGCGUGUUUAUCUGCAAUCCAUAGGACUGUUUGGCCUAAAGCAGGCUUUAUAUGUCAUCAUGUGUUCUCAUGCUGUUGGAUUUCAGAGAACUCUGUAAAACUUUAAUUGCCAACAUAAACUGAAUAUUUGGUGAGAGCAUUGUUACAUGUCUUGGCCAGUGAAAGUUGGUUCAACAUUACCACACAUUUACAAAUUAUUAAAUAUUUUGUAUCAUUGA